GUUUGGUGAGCUUUCGGCCGACUGGCGUGCCGCAGGAGCGGACCAGGCGGCUGGUGACCAGAUGUUGUGUUCGAGUACGACAUCACGGCUCGCUCGCACCAUCUCGGUAUUCACAUCUUACACAGCGGCUGCUAGAUACAGCAGCCGAUCCGGAUGGGUGAUACGGACUGAAUUCGGCAUCUUCGCCCAACCCAUCUGCUUUCACGGCCUAAUACCCCAUCGUCUAUCACACAAUGCAUCUUGCGGGAGGUGCCACGGUACCCAAUGCCCCACCGAGCCGGUGACUUGCCUUGCCAUCAGUCCACUAGUGGCUCCCCAAGUCACAGUUGGUCGGCGAAGUCGUACGAGUCCUUCCCGAUGGGUUUGCAGCAAGGCAGCCGUUUUGUGCUCAAUAGUCCCCAGAGCUAUAGUACAAACUCAAAAUACCGCGUUGAACCGCCCAGCGGAAAACCUGGGAGAACAGUGGACUCCAGGACGUCGGGUACGCCAACAAUCCGUCCAUUACACACUACCCUGGCGGAAAUUUAAAACAAGUUGUGGGACAGUCGAUAAGGUGUCCCGUCAUGGGUUCAACGUAUAACCUUCCCAAAAGCCAUAGCCGUGUGCGGAUGCUGACUCGCCGAGAUCUAACCUAACUACCUGCAUACGGGUAACCCAAACCACGAAGCGUUCAUCCGUUCGCGUAUGGACGUCGUCUUGCCUGGGCCUGCCAUGCAUGCUCGGUGAAUUCAGUGCUCCCUG